CUCCAACAGAUCUUCAAACAAAUGCCGCGUUCAAAAUCACCUCGCAGAGACGACUCACGGGACGGGCGUCGACAUCGAGACAGGGAUCGUGAUCGAGGUACAAGGGACUACCACCUUGACGAGAGAAGAAAAAGUUCACGAAGCCGCGAUCGAGCCAGGAGAAGGUCAACAAGUUUGGAUGGUAAUAGUCGGAGAAAAUAUGAUGGACGCAGGUCGCGAUCGCCCCGUUCACAGCGAUCGCCAGAGAAACCAACGCGUCCGAGAGGAUCUCUCCCCUCCCAAGCUGAUGCAUUCAACACCAAGGAUGGCACAGCCCCUCCAGCAAUCCAAAAGCAGAAACCAAAUUUCCGUCCAUCUGGUCUUUUAGCUGCUGCCUCAAACACAGUCGCAACAUCAGCUGGCGCAGUCGUCUUGAAAUACCACGAGCCCCCGGAGGCUCGAAAACCACCCUCUUCACAACCCUGGCGACUAUACAUCUUCAAAGGGGAAUCGAUAGUCGACACGCUGGAUUUGUAUACCCAAUCUUGCUGGCUCUUUGGCAGGGAAGUGUCUGUCUGCGACUACACCCUUGAACAUCCCAGCUGCUCCAAACAGCAUGCCGUCAUUCAAUUUCGGUAUGUUGAAAGAAGGAACGAGUUUGGAGAUAAGAUCGGAAAGGUGAAGCCGUAUGUGAUCGAUCUCGAAAGCGCCAAUGGGACAACGGUCAACGAUGAGGAUGUGCCGGAGGGAAGAUACGUCGAGCUGCGGGACAAAGAUAUGAUCAAGUUUGGCCAUUCCACUAGGGAAUAUGUCGUGCAGAUGCCCUCCGGAUAGAUACGAGGUACCAGCCUGACAAGAGCGAUUCUUCCUUAGGGGCUGAAAAGUAAAGACGGCUGAUCCAGGUCGUGACAAGAGCGUAAGGCCAAGAGGCCACAGUCGUUCCCUAUCAAACCGGUGUAAAAGGCGCCGAAAGAAAUCGAAACGAUCGCGCCGAAGUGAAGUAAGUACCUACGUUACUAGUCCCAAGAAGGUAGUAGAGAAGGGUUAGAGAUAGUGGAGUCUUCCUUUAGACUAAUAGAUAUCAAUCCUGUGUG